AAAAAAAACACGAAAAAGCAAAAAGGUUUUUCAAGUUUGAUAAAUUGAGAUGUCGAACAACGAAGCUACCAAAAUGCGUACCAUUAAACUGCAGUCCUCGAACGGGGAAGACUUCGACGUCGACGUCAGGUUCCUGAAGUGCUCGGGAAUCAUGAAAGGCUUACUCGAGGAUGGCGACAAGGAGGAUAAGAAGAAGGAACCUCUUGUUCUGCCGAAUGUGAAUUCAGACAUUUUGCGCUUGGUCCUGAUCUGGGCCGAGUACCACAAGGACGACCCCGAGCCGCCUGAAGAUGAGGCUUCCUUUGAGCGGUCCACCGACGACAUCAUUCCCUGGGACAUCGAGUUCCUCAAGGUGGACCAGGGCACUAUCUACGAGCUAAUGCUGGCCGCCAAUUAUAUGGACAUAAAGGGUUUGUUGCAACUGAUUGCCAAGCACCUGGCCAACAUGAUCAAGGGCAAGACUCCCGAGCAGAUACGUCAGACCUUCCACAUCCCUCACUCCCAGGCGCCCAAGAAGUAGUGCGCCGCAACAGGGUCGGUGGACACUUCUAGAAUAGUUUAAUCCAUCCGCACACACACACAAUAAAGACAUGCGAUUGCGAUUGUGAAUAUUUGUUGAUAAAAGACAGCCACAAAAAAUGGGGCUUAA